GAGAACCGCAUACAGUGGGUGAAAGACAUGCGAAGAAUCUUGAGCCCACCGGGUAUGAUUGCAGAAGACGGCAGCGUUAACCAAGAUUUCUUCAAGCCAAAGAAGGUCGUCCUGGUGGAUGACAAGAAGUGGGGAAGCGCCGAACGAGACUUGUUGUAUCAGGGUCUCGAGAAGCAUGGGGUUGGCAAAUGGGGGGAGAUCUGUGCAGAACUUCUGCCACGAUGGGACGAGCAGGCUGUCAGGGUGAAGGCCGCCAGGCUAAUGGGAUCCCAGUCGCUUGCGCGCUAUGUCGGUUGGAAAGGGAACAGGGAGGCUGUGGAGACAGAGUAUAACAAGAACAAGGAGCUAGGGGAGCGAAUUGGCUGCUGGAAGGGAGGUGUGCUAGUGGAAGAUGAUGAUGGCAGCGUGCGCAAA